GACCAAUCUUCAAACAGAUAGACUCAGGCUCUAAGCCUUUGUUACCUACUCCACAUAUCUGUCUCUGCAAUCUCUUUAUUGUUUUUUUCGUCUCGCCUUGUUCUUCUCCCCAACUCCACAUUCCAAUUCCUGCAGAUCCAUACACUUUAUCUCAGAAACGGUUAGUAGCUUAGAGGUUCUAGUUUUCCAAAGCCAUGGCUUACCUGAGUUCUGAUCCAGGGAGCGAGUCAAGAAGGAGGAAACCGUUCCCAAUCGAACAGAGGCCCCAAAUGCUGAAAGAUUUUCUUAUGGACGACUUUAGCUCAUGUUCAUCCAACGGCUUCCGAUCCUUCCCUCGACACGCAUGUCGUAAAACUGUUCGAAAUCUGGUCGAAAUGGAUCUCAAAUCAAGAGAUUCAAAUCACUAUUGCAGACUAAUGAGAAGCCGCUCCAAAGCUGCUUCCAAGACGAUCUCUGCAUUCCACAAAGCAUCAGAGGUUGUGAUGAACGUCGUCAAGCAUCUCCCAUUCUCCUCCAUGAAGGCUCCGUCACAACCAAAGAGCCAAACAAAGCAGGGAAUCCUCCCAAGGAGCCUUUCGAGGAGGCUGAGACGGAGUUUCUGGAAGAAAAGGGAUGUAGUGGAAAACUACAGUAUCAAGGACAUCAAGGUAAGAGUGAUGAUUAAAGACAUUAUAAGAUGGAAAUCAUUUAGAGAUUUAAUCGAAGAGAAGCAGCAGCAACCAUUGGAUUUCUCUCCCUCUCCUCUCCAAAUCAGUAGCAUCGCCGCCGUUAGCGCCACCACCGCUGACGGUGACACUACCACUAUCACCACCAACUCUAGUAUCAGCAGCAACAAUAGUAAAAGUAACAGUUGGUCUGAAAGUGAUUUCACAUCGGAAUAUUUACAGUCAUCUGGCGGUAGUUCUGAGUACUCAGGUGAUGAAAGUAAAGAAUGCUCGGGGGUAGAGAAGAAGAUGACGAGCAACGGAGGACACAAUGCGAUCCGUGAGGAUUCCAUGGAGACAACGACCAACUCUGUAGACCCAAAGAAACAGGGAGAUUGCACGUACGAGGAAAAAAAGCAGUUUAGCCCAGUCUCAGUGCUUGAUUUUCCAGAAGAAGAAGAUGAUGAUGGAGAGACGGAGACCCCUUCGUCCUUCCACCAGAGCCUUGCCAACAUGGAGAGGACGAAGCAGAAGCUUAUGCACAAGAUCCGACGGUUUGAGAGCCUUGCUCAACUGGAACCCGUGGACCUUGGAAAACGGAUUGCAUUGUUGGAGAAGGAUGACUCUGGUGAGAGCUCCUCCCAGAAUGUGUCACAAGAAGAUGAAGAUGAAGAGCAAGAAUGCGAGGUUGAGCCGGAAACAAAGAUGGCAGAAGGAAGGGCACUUGAGUUGCUUAAGCUUAUGAAAACAACAAGCUCAUUGGAAGGCUGGACAACAACAGGGAAUCUGGAUGGUGUGUUGCUGGAUUUUCUCAAGGAAAGAAUCACAGGGACUGCCGCAGUAGCAGAAGAAGCUGACGGAUUUGAUUACAAGGAGGUAGUGAAGGUGGCAAGAGCUUGGGUGAAUGAGAAGCCUUUUGGUGGGAUGGCUCUGGGGUUGGAAUACAAUAGGGAGACAUAUGUUAGAGAAAUGGAGAGUGAGGAGGGGAGGUGGAGGAAGUUUGAGGAAGAACAAAGCGAACUGGCGAUGGAAGUAGAGAAUGGGGUGUUGGGUUCUUUGGUAGAUGAACUGUUGGUUGAUCUCUUCUCUUGAGAGAACUACCAACCUAUAAUUUCCCAAGCGAUGACCAACAAUUCAUCAUUAUCAUUGAAUGAAUUGAAGGUAGUUUGAUUUGGUACAAACUCGAGGUGGUUUUCGUCAUUUGAUACUUGGGGAGUCAAAAUGAUCAAAACCACCUCGAGGCUCGAGAGGGGUUUGGUCAAGGACGAAGGAGAU